UGCUCUGCCUUCUAACACGCUGCAUCCAACUCCACCCUUAUAGGCUGCUGCCUGAAUCCAGAGCCUGGCAGGCUACAGACUGUGGCACACACACAGGAAAUUGUGAGUACCUGCCAACUUGCAGAAACGGCAGAGAUUCUUUGGCAGACCCCCCAUGUAAGCUAAUAUAAGCGUGCCUGAGGAAGGAGGCACUAAGACCUGGCAGACAUGGGAAAGGCUUGAGAGAGAAAUCCCUUCAGUGCUGGCGCAGAGAAGAGAGGAUCGAAGUCAGUCACCUGCUGGUGAAGGACAGUAAAGCAGCAGAGGGAACCAGAAGAAAAAGCUCAUCUUGCUCCGACAGCUGCACCUUCUAGCUUCAGCUUCUCCCAACUCCAGCAACAUAACCUUCACAGGAACCCCCUUCCCCCGAGACUCCUCAAUUCUGUUGCUGGAAGCGACACCACGCCAGUCGCAUGUGAUCGCAGGCAGCACUUGGGAAGGUCUGCUGGUGGAAUUGAUCAGCACUGUCUAAUGCAUUCCAGAUGCAAAUGUAACUAGGAAAGAAUUGUUUCUUAUCCAGUGCCCUGUCUCCAGUUUGUGAACAUUCAUCUGAAAUUGCCGCAUGAUGCUGCCCAGGGAAACAGAGCUUUUUCCUUAGGAUGCAGCGAUUUGCCGUUUUGUAGCUUCUUGCAGAAAGGAUACAUAUAGUGAUAGCCUGCAGCCUAUUGCUACUCCAGGCUGAACAAAAAAGAGGGACCUGGGUGAAAUGGAUCACCUGUAGAUUAUUGACCCUUAAAAGUGAUUUUAUUGGCAUAUAAAUAGUGUUAUUCUACUGACCCACGUUGGAUCAUGAGCCUGGAAGGGACUGCCACGGUCUGACAAAUAUUUGAGAGCCGAGAAUCUACAAACUGCCAACUUCACCAUCACUUCCUUCACUUUCCCCAGGGUGGGCACUGAGAGCACCAAGGAUGGGUUAUAAAGAAAAAAUUGUCAAAAUCACAGAGACCUGCUAGACAGAAAAAGGAGUUUGGGAGACAAACACAGAUGUCCUCAAUGGUCUGAGGGCACAACAAAGAGCCAUCUGCACACCAUGACAAGAAACCAGUAAAGAUGAAAAUUGGGAAUAAAAAGAGUUGUAUCCUGAUUGGACCAACUCCAGAAGAAAGAAUGCAGUGGCUUUGUUUCACAAAAUGACACGAGAACAGUACAUAUUGGCCACACAACAAAAUAAUCUUCGAACUGAAAAUGCUCAAUUUUAUCCAGUGGGGAUUUACGGAUGGCGAAAGAGGUGCUUGUACUUCUUUGUCCUCCUGCUGUUGGUUACUAUGAUUGUUAACUUAGCCAUGACGAUAUGGAUUUUGAAGGUUAUGAAUUUCACAGUGGAUGGCAUGGGAAAUUUGAGAGUAACCAAAAAAGGAGUACGGCUAGAAGGUAUAUCUGAAUUUCUUCUCCCGUUGUAUGUGAAAGAAAUCCACUCUCGGAAGGACAGCCCGGUGGUGUUCCAGUCUGACAGAAAUAUUACAGUGAAUGCAAGAAAUGAGAACGGACAGUUAACUGGUCAAAUGACAGUAGGAGCAGAUGCUGUGGAAGCCCAUUGCAAGAGAUUUGAAGUUAAGUCACAUGAAGACGAGAAGAUUUUGUUUAUGGCGGAUGAGGAUGAAAUUGUUAUAGGGGCUGACAGGCUUAGAGUUACAGGGACAGAAGGAUCCAUUUUCGAGCACUCAGUGGAAACACCGCAUAUAAGAGCAGGACCCUCCCAGGACCUCAGACUUGAAUCUCCAACAAGAUCUUUAACAAUGGAAGCACCAAAGGGAGUACACAUAAGUGCGGUUGCAGGGGAAUUCAAGGCCAGUUGUAGAAAAGAAUUGCAUUUACAGUCUACAGAUGGGGAGAUAUUUUUAAAUGCAGACAAUAUCAGACUAGGAAAUCUACCACAUGGUUCAUAUUCAUCAUCAACACCUAAUGCAGUAGGACCUCGGCAAACUGUCUAUGAACUGUGCAUAUGUCCAAAUGGGAAACUGUAUCUUUCUCCAGCUGGAGCAAGCUCCACGUGUCAGUUACAUAGCAAUUUUUGCCUGUGGAGCUGAAGGAACUUCGUGUUUUCUCAUACCAGAAUAGCCUUUUGCUACUGACUCUCUGAUUCCCAGUUUGCUUGGUUUCCUUGUGAUAUGACAGAAGCUUAUGAUGGUCUACAGGGCCUCUUUAAACCUGCCUUCAGUUGUGGAUUGACAAGAGACCAGCACUGAAGUGGAUACAAAGAUACAAAGCAGUGCAUCAAUUCAGCGUUCAGUGGAAAACCUGGAUGACAAUGUACAUUUUUUGCUGGAGAAUUACAUAGGUGCCUUUGCUAAAGGAAGUGAAGCACAGAGAUAUAAAUAUUGCAGAAACCUAUAACAAAGAUACAGUAACAUUCAGUACCUAUAUAGAAAACAAUCAACUUCACUGGAAAAUCGCUGGAGAAAAAACAAUAAAACAACUAUGUAAAAAAAAGUUUUAAAGCACAAUUUUCCAUUCAAUAUUUUGGGUGUAUACUUUUAUCCCUUGAUGAUAUUAAAAAGGAAAAAAAAAACAUAAUAAUAAAUAAAAUAACAAGUAUUAUGUGAUAUUGCCUUUACUAAACAAUUAAAUCCAAGAAAUGUUUAUAAAAAUUCAAAGCCUCCUUUUCUUGUGGUUAUUUGUUACUCGGAUAUUGUAUUUGACACUUUUCAUUGCUUUUUAGAGAACUGAAAAAUUGCAUUCAGAUAUUUGAACGUUUUGGGUGGUUUGGAUCACAAUGACAAUAAGGGGC